CUUCAACGUAUAGAAUAUGUUCACUCUAAGCAUCUGAUAUAUCGUGACGUAAAACCAGAAAACUUUCUGAUCGGCCGACAGUCAUACAAUCGACAUCGCAUAAUCUAUAUGAUUGACUUUGGCCUUGCCAAGGAGUAUAUUGACCCGGAGACGGGAAAACACAUUCCCUAUAGAGAGCAUAAAAGUCUGACGGGCACAGCGCGAUACAUGAGCAUCAACACGCACCUAGGCAAAGAACAGUCCCGACGUGACGACCUUGAGGCCUUGGGCCACAUGUUCCUUUACUUCCUUCGCGGCAACCUCCCUUGGCAGGGCCUCAAGGCGGAGAAUCUACGUGAGCGAUAUCAGAAAAUCGGAGAUACUAAGAGAGCCACUCCUAUAGACGUACUCUGUCAAGGUUAUCCGGGUAGGUUCACUAUUACUAAAAUAUGCAGGUUUGUGUAUUUUGUUCUAUGGUAUUUCUUGAAUUCGCCACCUAUCUCCGAUAUGUACGUAGCCUCGAUUUUUUUGAAGAACCGAACUACGAAUAUCUUCGGUGGCACUUUACAGAUCUUAUGGAACGUCGGGGAUGGGCUUGUGAUUGGGAAUUCGAUUGGUGCUAUCGGUCUAUGCCAACUUCCAAGGUAA